CCGCCGCCAUGAGCCAGAGGCAGGUUUUGCAAGUUUUCGAGCAGUACCAGCGCGCCCGGACGCAGUUCGUGCAGGCGGUGGCCGAGCUCGCCGCCCGGCCGCAGAACAUCGAGACCCUCCAAAACGCAGAAGUGUUUUGUACCUAUGCAAAGUGGGCAGAAACAUUGCUAUGCAUCAGCAGUGCUAUCCAAGUGCCGACUUCGUUUCAGAGGAACACCUGGAUUUCCUACAAGUUCUUAGUACCUGGAAGAGUGUACUGUCUUUGCUGAGACCUCUUUUGCUGGAUGUCGUCCCAACUAUUCAACAGACUGCUGCUUUGGCUCUUGGGAGACUUGCCAAUUAUAACGAUGCCCUGGCAGAGGCAGUCGUGAAGGGAAACAUUCUUCCACAUCUCGUGUGUUCAUUGUCUGAGCAGAAUCGUUUCUACAAGAAAGCAGCUGCAUUUGUGCUGAGAGCAGUUGGUAAACAUUCUCCACAGCUAGCUCAGGCAAUAGUUCAGUGUGGAGCACUGGAAAUGCUUGUGAUUUGUUUGGAAGAUUUUGACCCUGGAGUCAAAGAAGCUGCAUCUUGGGCACUAGGGUAUAUUGCCCAGCACAAUUCAGAACUGUCACAAGCUGUGGUGGAUGCAGGAGCUGUUCCUCUUUUAGUGCUCUGUAUCCAGGAGCCAGAAAUUGCUUUGAAAAGGAUUGCUGCUUCAACUCUCAGUGAUAUUUCAAAGCAUUCUCCAGAGUUAGCACAGACAGUAGUGGAUGCAGGAGCUAUCGCUCACUUAGCUCAGAUGAUCCUGAACCCUGAUGCUAAACUGAAGCGUCAGGUGCUGUCAGCUCUAAGCCAAAUAGCAAAGCAUUCCGUGGAUCUUGCAGAGUUGGUGGUUGAAGCAGAAAUUUUCCCAGUUGUGCUCACAUGCCUGAAGGACUCAGAUGAAUAUGUCAAGAAAAAUGGUGCAACUUUAAUUAGAGAGAUAGCAAAGCAUACGCCUGAGCUUUCACAGCUUAUAGUAAAUGCAGGUGGAGUUGCUGCUGUGAUUGAUUGUAUUGGCAGCUGCAGAGGGACUGUCAGACUGCCUGGCAUCAUGAUGCUUGGUUACGUAGCAGCUCAUUCGGAGAACCUGUCAAUGGCAGUGAUUGUCUCCAAGGGAAUACCACCACUGUGUGCCUGUUUGAUAGAAGAACACGAAGAUCAUAUUAAGGCAGCAGCUGCUUGGGCCUUGGGACAGGUUGGAAGACAUACUCCUGAGCACGCACGGGCUGUUGCAGUAGCAAACGUGCUACCUACGCUCCUUGCUAUGUAUAUGGACACACGCAGUUCAGAAGAUCUUCAAAUGAAAACCAAAAGAGCCUUAAAGAGCAUCCUUCAGAAAUGCACGUAUCUCCCAGCACUUGAACCAUUGCUGCAUGAUGCCCCUCCCAAUAUUAUGAAACAUAUUGUUGGGCAGUUUAGUAAGGUGUUACCACAUGACAGUAAAGCACGUCGUCUCUUUGUAACAACUGGCGGACUUAAAAAGGUCCAAGAAAUAAAAGCAGAACCUGGGUCACUUCUUCAGGAAUAUAUCAACACUAUUAACAGUUGCUAUCCAGAGGAAAUAGUAAGGUAUUAUUCCCCUGGAUAUUCUGAGAUACUUCUGGAAAGGGUGGAAAAUUACCAUCCAGUUUUAUAAACUUCAAUUUUUUAUUAGAGCUGUAUUUCACAUUUAUGCCUUUAUGACUGCAAUACAAAUACAGCUGUUGAAACUCUUGAUUCUGAAAUCUCCUUCUACUGAUUGAGCUACUGAAAGAACUCAGCAAUUCCAGCAAGCUGUAUUUUGUUCUUUAUAAACUUGUUUGUUGAUAAGUUUUUGUUCCUUUUUGUUUUUCUCUAACAUUACUACCAGAUAUUGCAGCAUAUAUGAAUGGAAUUUCAUGCAGGGGUGAUGAUUUAUCACAGAGGCUUUUUUAGAAUCAGUCAUUUCCUUUUCCUUCCACAAGAAAGGUCUGUUGUUAUCUCAUUCAAAUUUUAGCCUUCACAGUACUGUAACCAUUUUCCCCUUUUGCCUUUGCAUAUUGUUUAGAGCUUCCCAAGCUUGAUGAGGGGGAAAAAUCUGGCCCCUGUGCUUUUUCUAAUUAUGAAAUCCAUUCUGCACUGAGAUAUCUCCUACUGCUACCUUUCAGAAAGUAAUGCAAUGUGAUUUUUGCAUCUCCAAAGAUGUGAGUAGCUGCUAAAUAAAGAAAUAAUCAGAUUUGAUGAUGAUAAAAGGUCUGAAUUCUGCAUGAUAGUGUGGUGGUCCUGGUGUGGUAGAUAAUACAUCUUCUGCAAAAGUCCUCCUAAUUAAGGCAGGAUUUUCUGUGGAGGGAAGGAGCAACACACUGUUCGGUGUAUGCAUCGUUGUUCCUCUUGGAAAGAACGGAGUGAACGUAGAACUUCCACAAGCACAAAGGGAAGGACCCUGGGAGGUUCGGCUCCAUUUGGGUCAGCAGCAAAUUUGUGUGGCUCAGAAGAGGGGAGAAUUGCUUGGCUGCAGGAACACUGUUAGCAAAGUUCUGAGCACAUUCAGAGAAAACCCGAGGAUACUUAAGUCCCACUGGUUUGAGUGAUGGGACUAAGGCUGCUCAGUAUUUAUUCUUGAAGAGCUGAAAUUGCUGCAGAAUUGAGUUGAAACACACUUGGAACUUAGUCUUGAAGUUGCAGAUCGCAUUGAUGUGGAGGUUAUUGGAGAUAUGAGCUCUUGCCUGUCUGUCGAUUAUCCUGGAAAUAUUUUUGCCUUCUUAUGUAAAGUAAAAAGACUUUUACAUUCUGCUUGCUCCUCUGGUGUACUGUAGCAGCAGGGAGCAGCGUACAACCUGUUAGUAUCCCCUAAUAGGUAACUGUCAUUUACCAUUUUUUGUUCUUCUAACCUUUUUUCUUUUCCUUGUAUGCAGCAGUUUUGUGUGGUGUGUUUUUUUCUUUUUUUUCUUUUUUUUUUUUUUUUCCCCAAAGAGUAAUAAACAGUGUUUCUGGAACGGGAUGUUGAAAUACUGGCAGCCACAAGGAAAGACAAUAUUUGAAAACCCCCGCAGGAGAGAAACUUGUCUACUUUCUUAAACAUAUUAACUGAAUGAGUUUAUAAAACAGGGAUAGUCUCUUCUAUUACUCGUAAAACAGGAGCAAAGACUUAUUGCAGUUGGAAAUGAUUUAGAGUGGCUUUUCUCUGCCAAAUUCCAAAAGACUAUUUGCUUUUGUUCUUGUCAGCAUAUUUUUCAACAGUUCACAAAAACAUUGAUGGGCUAUCUCGUGUUAAGGUUUAAUUCUACAGAGGGCUGUGCUCCUGCUGUGAGGUACUUGGUGCUCUCAGACUCUGCUCUUCAGGAGGAGCAGGGAAUGCACGGUGCCUUGCUGUAGGGCGCCUAACUGAGAUGGAAACUGUUGGUGUCAUGAAUGCUGGUAUGGAAAACACACCAGCUGGGUUCUUUCCUUAGCCCACAUCAGAGUGAAAAGCCUUGGAACAGACUAACUUCUACCAAAUGCCUUUUUGUUAUUGGUGUUUGUAUUCUGACAUUAUUAAUGCUAGGAAACUAGUGGAAAAACAUUAGGUCUAUUAAAAAGAUUGAUGUAAUACUCAAUAAUUUUCUCACAUGCUUUAUGGGUAUUUAAAAAUCAAAUCUUGUAUAAUCUCUAAAAGAAGAUGUAGCGGAAGGGCUUCCGGACAGUCUUGAAGGAGCUGAAGCCUUUAUUUUCCCUAAUGGAACAGAAAUGGUGCAGAGGGCUGAACGCGGUUGCAGUGCAGAUGAGAGGCAGGGUAGGCAUGGAGCUGCAUACCCAUAGCUGCAUCAUGUGCUCGGGAGCACACCCACACCACACAAUGCUGAUGUAUAUGUUUUGUGCGGAGAGAGCAAAGAGGCUUCAGUCCCCUGACAAAUGUGCUCCUGCUGUGUCACACUGUGCUACACUGUAAGGAUUCCACAGGGUUAAAUUUCAAUGCCUAAACAAUUUGUUCACAGUCUUUUCACAGUCUUUUUCUGAUUCCUGACAAAGGAAAUGAUUGCACAAGGCAAACCUUCAAAGAGAUCUGAUUGUGCAGAGCACAAUCUAAAUCAGACCUAGCAUAAAUACAGCUAGGCAGUUCUGUCCUAGGCCAGGGGCUGCUCGGCCUCUUGUCACAGGACUCUCCUGGACGGUGCCACAUCCCAUUAGGCUGUGGCAGUGCAAAGUCUUCUCCCACGUACUUUGAGACCCCCUCAGCUCUCCUUUGCUGGCAGGCUGCUUCCCUGCAUUGUACGUACACCUUGUGGCUGGAGGCUUCCCUGGAGGUGAGUACCUGCACAAGGCAGAUCUAGCCCUUUACAGCAGAAUUAUUGCUAAUUUGUAUUUUAGGUUUACAUUACUAGGGCAAGAGUUUCUUUUCACUUGCUGUGUUUCACAAGCUCUGACGUACAGAGCUCUCAUUUGGCUUAAGUCAUCAUCUAAAACUAUAUUAAUGUUUGCAAUUGCUACUCUGGCAGGCUUCAAGUGUGUAUCGUUUGUCUCAAUUUCAUAGAAUAAAAUGUAGAUUUGCAUUUUAAUUCAUUGUGUAAAUGCUAUUUUCAUGCUAGUUUGUGACUGUGAUGCUAGAGAAGAUGAAGAACAGGCUCAUUUUGCAGCUUGAGCCUGACACCACCUUUGGAUAUUUGUCUCAGUUUACCACUCAACAGUGCCUACUUCUGAGCUUAGGACAUACAAGCAUUUCAAGUAAGAGUCCCUCUCACGGAGGUGGCUUAUUAAGACACACAAAGAAAAUUAAGCCAGUGCUUUGGCAGAAAUGAAUGUAAGCGGAGACAGCCCUUAAAUCAUUUUGCCAGUUCCUUUGACUGCAGCAUUGGGACUUUUCAAACCAAGUUUUUAAAGAUCUUCUCUGGGGGCCCGAGCCGUGAUUUUUGUCUACAUUACUACAGCCAUUAUUACAUCUACAGAUGUAAACCAGGGACUUGAAAGAACAUGUGGAUGUGUAAAACUUUACCAUAUUUCAUUCAGUGGAUGGAUUAACUGGCCUACAAAAGCUCCAUUCUUUAUCUGAAUGACUGGAAACCAAGAGGAUCUGAAAAGGGGAAAUUCAAGGAGUUCAACUCUUGUGCAUAUAAUAUGUUCUGCAUUUCCAGAGGGAUUUACCAAGGGAUUGCUUUGUCUCAUCUGAAGUGAUCAAUCUGCUGGAGAUCUGCAUCUUAACAAACAAAUGAACAAAAUGUUGAAGGAGCUGAAUGGGACUGGUGAAGGAAGAAAGAAUCUCAUUUUGUGAAGUAAAGCAUAAAGUUACUGUAAUUAGGAAGUGGAUGGACUGUGUGUAGAUCCUCAUUGUUCUUGAUUUGGUGUACGAGGUUAUGAAUUGGUUUGGCCAAAAGGGAGUUUUAAGGCAUGGAGGAUGCCAUGGGAUAGCCUUUAGCUUCUGGUGUAAAUUGGAGUCCUCUGAUUUCUGGGCGUUAGGGGUGGCUGACUAUUGUCCCUUCAGGUGGGGAAUCUGUGAAAGCAUACUUGCCUCAGUGUCUUCCUUAAUGGCUGCUUGGUGUCCAGUACCUCGGUUGUUAUGAGUUUUAGAUCUCACUGUGUGACUAGGCUAGAAAGGAAAUAUGGGGUAGCACUAGAUUGUUCCACUUCUUGCACUGACAUAGGAAAGGACCAUUUUUAUGGUCUUGGAUAAUUAUUACAAAUCCCUAUGUAUCAUCAUCUUCAGCUGUGAAGUAUCUGUUACGCUCCUCUGUUAACUUGCAGAAGUGCUGGGAAAAUUAAAUUCAUAUGAGAGGCUGUUGCAGCAGAACUUAAGUUCUUUAUAACUAAUACCAUAUUCACCUAAGAAAUCUUUGAGAUGCUGAUUUUUAGAAUCUGAGUUGAACUAAAAACUAGUGGAUUUUGUGAGUUGCCUCAUCUGACACAAUUUGAAGGGAUCUUAGAGAAACAGCAAAUUACAAUGUCUCUCAUGACUAUACUAAAACUAUUGAUGUCAUUUUUGUAUAAUACUUAACUGUUAAUAUUGAUGCUACUAUGCUGUAUUCUGCAGUCAGCUCUAUAAUUUAGCUAGUGAAAAUACUAAUUACGUUAUUACCACUGUACUGUAUUUCUAGAUACUGCACAAAAGAUUGAAUUAGAAAAUACAUAUAAGCAAUACUAAAGCAUAUUUUGAUGAUGAGAAUGCCUUUUAAACCAGGAAAUGGUAUUGUGCUGCCUUUCACAAGAAGUUACUCUUGUGAAAGAGUAGUUUGUGUUCCCUCCCACCCAGAGGUCCGGUCACGAGGCUCGCCCAGUGCUCAGUGAAGUGCUGAGGACCAUGACUGCUGAGGAGGCUCAGUGAAGUGCUGAGGACCAUGGUCUACUGUCUGUAGCAGAAACCGGUUGUGUUCACUAUCGUGCAUCAGCAAGCUAUGGAGGGGAACAAUGCGAGUGUCUUCUUAAAAAUAUGCUUGUUCCUACUAGCUCCUACCUCCAAACUGAGUUAAAGAAUAGGUACCCAGAUUAACUUUAGCUGUUCUGUAUUUUGUUCCUUUUAUAACAAAAGUUAAAUGUUGAAAGGGGGGAAAGUGUGUUCAUGUCUUUCUUUAAAACAGUUCUUGCUUAUUUUUUGUGUCGAAAUCAGCAACAAAACAUAAUCUUGUGGCAAGAUCUGUGCCCUUUGCUCUCAAGGAAAAUUUUGUCUUCACUGGUACAGACUAGCGAUGUGUUUUAUACUUGUCCUAUUUAUAAUUAGGUCUGAUGGCCUCUCUACAUGUUUACCUUUCAAUAUUUGGUCACUGUUAAAGCCAUUAUCAACCUAAAAGGUCGUAUUACUACCAAGAUUCAGCCUUUGUUGCCCCAUAGUGCUAUAAAUUAUAUUACAAUCUAUUCUUAAAAAUUAAUAAUAUGCAACAUAGAGGUCUGAUGGAUUCAUGUUAAUGAGAACACUGAAGCUUCAUUGACUUGCAAUAUCAUUAGAGCUCUGAGACAGGUUUAUAGCCUUGUGCAAAGUAUAUUUGUGUUGGUUUAGACACAGUAUUUAUUUGGUCACACCCACCCAAAUGUUUCCUUACUAAAUUAAAAUAAAUGCUGGUUAGUUCAAUGAGCUACAAAGAUAUAUAGCGUAAUUUCAGGUUCUCAAGUCACAGAAAAUAAGCCUCAACAAUGGAAAUCAGUAGAGGAUCAAAAAUGAUGGAUAUACUAGAGUGAACAUGAACAAAGAGGGAAGGGAGUUUAGUGACUUGGGUGAAGUUAAUUUUUUAUAACUCAAGCAAUGUAUAAAAUUUGGAAAGAACAGCUCCCAUUUGCAGUCUGCUCAGAUCUUUAUGUAACCCCUUCCUCUAUACACAUACAUGCACACUUGCAAGCAUGGUCAACCAAAAAUGUAAUUGUAAUGAUUUCUGUCUUUGCUUUCACAAGGCUUGCCUCUGUAAAGCAUCUUUAGUGGCUGGAGGAGAGCAGGUCGUUAGCAGGUCCCCUGCUCACUAAUGCCAGCUUUAUGGUACUAAUUUCUAUUAGCUUAAGGUCAGCAGCACCAACCUGAUUUCCAUUGCAGUGAGAAUCCGGCACUGGAUCUGCCUCACCUGUACUCCUUUGUGCUCUGAACAGCUCUGCUUCUUGCUGGAAACAAAGCAGAAGUGAUAAAAUGACUUUCUUUUGUUCUUCCCCAACGGUGCUUCAAAUGAGGGAAUGGCAGGAAAAUCUUUCAGGAGCUUUUGGGGAAUGGCUCGUGCUCUGUGUUGGAGACUGAAUCCCCAGCUGUGCAGGGCAUGAAAUAGAAAGGGAGAUGAGAAGAAUCGGUAACAUACUGGUGUUGCAGCUAUUGCCUGCUUUUGGAAAUGAAUAUGUAAGGGAGCUUCAAGUUUUCUAUCUCCUUUCAUGAGUAAUACCUCCUUGCUGUAGCCAUCUCCGAGUUUGGUCUUGGGGCUUGUUGUCUCUGCCUCCUGCUUUGGAGCCAGGCGGAUGCAUCAGUCGGUGGCACAGUGGCAGUGCUGCUUGUGCCAGCCUAGCUGUGGAUCAUGAUUCCUAUGGACAUUUUUGUUUUAUGGGAACGGAGAGGAGGAUAACUCCAGUGAUUCUAUAAACAGUUUGUCAAUAGGAAACUUCCUUGCUUUCAGUCACUCCAAAGCAAAUCCUACGCCAGCUUACCUGUGAAGACUACAAGGACUUGGAGCACACCGGAGACAAGGAAAUUUGGCAGAGGGAGGCUGGGCAGGGUUCAAGGAGAGCAGGCCUUGUGCCUCCGCUGCUUGCACGACAUCACAGUCAGAGAGAUGGAGCUGAAAUCAGUCUGUCCUUAAUUGCAUGUUUUAAGAUGCCACUCUGCCCUGGAAAAUGCCCUAGAAAAGGUGAAGUACAGCAUAUACCCAUAGGGCUGAGGGGAAUUAUAGAUUCCUCUCCCUUCCUCCAUCCCAUGUCCAUCUGGCAGCAGUGCACCGGCCUUACCUGGCUGGGCCUGGCACAGGGAGGGCUUCCACCUCCUCAGGAUACCCCAGGGGUGUCCUUCGUUAGUGCUCUGAAGUUGAAAACUGCUACGAGUGCAAAGUGUUACUACUGUUUACUGAUGUGAUCAAUGCGUGGCUGACCUUACCUCAUUUUCUUGUGGUAAUUCCCUUGGUUAAAGUGGAGAAAAUGAACUGUUUUGAUGACAGUGUUUUAAGAAGCUGCCAUUUCAGAAGCUGCAGCUAUGCCUGUGAUGCAUCGCCCUGUCCGACGGCAAGGGUGGAAACUUGGCUUCCUCUCUGAGGUGCAGAGCUCCAGUUUGGACCAUGUCCCCAUAUUUAUUUAUCUUUUUAUAUCAGAAAUGGCCCACUAGUAACAAAAUCUGUUAAAAUUUUUGCCACUGACUCGAAUUAUGAUGAGGCCACGAAUCAUUAUUUUAGGCCUAGCCCUUCCCCCUCCAAGUGUUUUUUAAAAUCCUGAUUUUGUGUUUAUGCUAAUGUAGUUGUGCAAUGGGAAUGUUUGGUAAAAUUGCUGUUUAAUUUAUAAUAGAAGAGUACUUUUGCAGCUGUUUUAUAGCAGUUUAACUACUCUGACCUAAAUGACUGUUCUUAAGAGAUUGAAAAGUAAUUGAAAAGGUGAAAAAGUCCAGGACUGUCCUCUCUUAUUUUUUUUUGCAUUUUGUGUAUUUCUUUUUUAUUACAUCUUUGAAACAACUUUAUAAACAAUUUGAGUUCCUCUGCAUAAUUCAGAUCAGAGAGGAAAGAAUGCCAGUUUACUGGGACUUGUUUGCUGACCACCUGAGAAAAAUGAGUUUUUCAUCCUCUUGAAUAUCAUCUGGAGUUAUAAUAAAAUGUGCUUUCAGCUGGAUUCCUUCUGUAUGAAAAUAGACAGAGCUACAUCACUGCACACCUAAAGGAAGGACACAGGACUACAAAAGCAAUCUGAAAUCUGGAUUUUUUCCUGCUCCUCAGAGACCACAAGUAAUUUUCUGUAAUCUUAAUGGAAAUUAUUUGAAUCUUGAAGGAGAGAUAUACCCCUCCCUUCCCCUCAACCUGGGUAGUUCUGAGCUAGAGAUCCUUUUAAUACACAGCUAAGUUGCCUGUCGGGAUCAUUAUGUGAAACCGCCUAGCAAUAGCUAUUGAAGGAACUGCAAAAAUUCACAAAACUGAAAGGUAAUUUGGAAAAAUUCACUAGUAAACUAGUAAGCAACUAAAACUUCAGCUGAGCGUUCAUUCCAAUCUGUUGCAGAUGAAUGAAAUGUGGUGCUAGUGUGUUGGAGUCCUGGGGUGACAGACACAUGAAGAAUACAUAAAAGAUGGAUAUUACUUAACCAGUGCUGCAGACAGGCCGUCCUGCUUGUCUGGGGAGCUCAUCCUGAAAACCCUUAGCCAGGCAAAAGCUUUUGUUGAUUUGAGGGUGACUGUGCACUGAAGGAAGGUUCCCGGGCCCGGGCAUAUGGCAGUCAGAUGACAGCGGCGCAGCUCCCGAGUUGUGCUCUGGACUGGUGGAAUGGUUAGAUGACAAAACUCUGCAACUUCACACAAGCACGCUGUAAUUUGAAGCCGUUCUGCAGGGAAACCGUAGGCAGCAAGUACAAUUUCUAAGCCUGAUAUAAAUUCCAUCCUGUUUAACUGCCAUCAGUUCUACUGCUGCAGAUUAGCAAACCAAGUGAAAGAACAAAGCAAUGGGGAGAUUUGAUCUGGCUUCAUAAUGCAGUUGAAGAACUCCUCAUUAGGAGAGCAGUUCCAUAGCCUCAAAAGCACAGCACUGAGGUCUUCGCUGUCUUCUGUUGCCGUAUCGUUGUGUCCCGAGCGGGCAGCCCGUCCAUUUCUUUCCUUCAUUUUUUCCUGCUGAAUGAAAUAGUGGUUCAGUCACUUUCUUCUGGAAUUCCUACAUCUUGUCUCUGUGUCUUUUUGUUUUAUAAUUCAUUCAUUUGCUUUAACUGAAAUUCACUGAUGCACGUAUCUCAUACGUGACUUUAUCUGUGGAAGAAAUGCAAGAAUUUCUCCUUUAACUCCUUCCGAUGCUUUUCCAGGCCUCAGGUACUCCCUCUGUCCCUUGCUUCCAGGUUGUCAUGCGCUCAAGUAAUUCGUCCUGUGUUUUUGUUUAUUUGUCUAAUUACUCUUCACAUCUCCUUUAGCCCUUCUAAAUUACCACUCCACACAUUGCUUGUCAUAGUUCACACUCCUUUUGUUUGACUUCACUUUUUCCAAGGGUAGUUGCUGAGUCUUGGCAGAAUUGCUGUGUCUCACCAACAGCUGUUUUUUGCUGUGACAAUAGGCUGAUGUAUGCCUCAAAAGCGAACACACAGGCAUGCAUAUUAAAUGCUUACAGUGUGGUGACAAGCACAACCAAUUUUUUAAAACCCUUUAAAAAAAAUUAAGGUGGAGAUUAAAAAUGUGAAAUAAUUGAAAAGAAACAUUCCCAAACUGAGGAGCAGGCAUGCUUGACAUGAGCCACACAGUAUCAGCUGUGAGGAAGAUCUCGAGGAAGAUCUCUUGCAGUGAGAGACUUCAAGGGGAGAGAAAAACACCAUGGCCCCCACGAUGUCCUGCAUGUAGGUAAUGUAGCAUCUGGGUGCCUGCACAAUUUCUGCUGGGUUGUAUCCCAGUAAAGGGAUCACGGAGCAAAUGCAGCUCUACUCACCCAGCAAGACAGGGUGUUCUUAUUUUACAGAAUUAAUUUAUUGCUUCAAAUAAACUGAUUUACCAGACAACUAUGUCAUGAUCACUCUGAGCAUGUAUGUUAACAACAGGUUUGUUUCAAAGCUGCGUGGAGUUUGCUACUGCCUUCAUCCUUCUAUCUUCUCUCUGUAUCUUUCCUCCACCUUUCCAUUACUUUUUCCCGUUAAUGCGUGAUGCGUGCUAUAAGGUAUGCCUGUUGGUGAGUAUUACUUUCACCAGCUUUUCUUUGCAGUAGGACAUCUAUAAAUGGCAGACAGCAUCAUUCCUAAUUACAUGUUGCCCCCAGAUGCUCCAUGGGCGAUGCUGAUGGAUUGCUGUGUGGGUGGUGUUGAAGGGGCUGGGGGAGGAGGAGCUGGGAUGCAGCUCCUCUAAGUGGUAGCAGAGGUCUCUCUUUGGCCUGGGAUCAUCAGUCCUCCCUCAGCAAAGGGAGCUCAUGAGAUCCUGCAUCUGGGCAUUGGAAAAGGGGACGUAAUGCAGGGCAGGCUUCGGGGUACAACCCAAACAAACGGGGAAGCAGGAGGAGCUGGGAGAGACAGAGAAUUUACCCCUUACCUAUCGCUGCAGAAACCACACAGCACGGAGGGCUGACAGGCUGCACAAGCUGCUAGGUCAUGCUUUCUUGAUUUCAGUUCCCCCCAGCCCCUGGUUCUGUGCCGGGGGGUGUCAGCGCUGUGAGACAGAGCUGCGCCGCAGCGGUUGGAGGGCAUCUGCCCUGCGGCUGCGGGGGCUCAGAUCCAUUUCCUUAAUGGUAUUCCUGACAGUGACCUUCUGCGUGGAUUAAGAUAUCCCUGUCGUGGCUGAGGGCAGACUGUGCUUUGGAACUGAAUCAGGCCAUUUUUGGCUACCAAAAGGGUGGCUGUGGAGCUGGCAGACCGAGCCACUGACUUCCACCAGCUGCCUGCUCCAAGGAGGUGGGUAGAGCAGAGGCAGGAGCCAGCACCAUCAGACCCUGCCUUUAAAAGAGACAGCACGUCCAGCACAGGGAGGGACACGCCUGCACCAGCAGACUGAGGAGGAAGAAUGGAAAGCUGAGUGAUCCCGGACCUUAAAAGGAUGCUCUUCAAACCCCAGAGAAAUCCAAGGAAAGACGAGGAGGUGAAAGCAGGGAUUUCCAGUCAAGUGUUUGUCAUUUUUGCGCAGACUUUUACUCUUCAAGGGCUGCUAAUGGAGAAGGAGGAAGUGAGAGAGUGCACGUGUGCGAAAGCGCAUCUGCAAAUUCUGUUUCCUUCUCUCUUUAACUGUCCUGCGGUCCUUGAAGAGUUUUAUAUUUAGCAUGCCUAGCAGGUGAGCUACUAGGAAGGCAUGGAGGGAGGCAGGCAGUACUGGUUUUGGGGGCUGAAGCAGUUGGACUCCAUGGGUUUUUACAUCGCAAGCUUAGUGCCAGGCUGGGAAUCCACCCCGUCAGAGUGUGCACUGGAACUAGGAAGUGUCUUGGGACGGUGCGCAGAAGGGUAUUUAAGAACGUAAGACAUUAACUGCUGCAUCAGCCCAAUCGUACAGCCAGACCAGAGUCUGUCGCCAGCGGUGGCAGGAGGCAGUGCUGCCUACAGAGAGCGGGUGAGCCUGGUCACGUCCUGCCACCCGUCUGCUCUGUACUCCCCCAGCAGCCCCAGCUGUUGGAUUUGCAUGUUAGAGACUCAUCACUGCCUAACCCUUCUAGUCUCCGCUUACCGAGCCAGUGCCCACUCACGCAAUUUUGUGAAGUCCUUCUAGGGUUAUUCGCCUGAAAGAGCUUAGGGUCACAUACAAAUUUGAGGACUUCAUUGGCUGCUCCCCUCUUCAGGUACUCACUGAAAAUGCUGAGUAAAGCCAGUUCCACCAUCAAUCCCACAACAGGGAGACCUUGCUGAUGCCUGUUCUCCACCCUUAAAAGCCUUUUCCUUUUCUUCAUGUUCCGUGUCAAAUUUUCCACCCGUAAGAACCUUUCCUCCCGCCGUGUGGCAAGUUAGUUUCUCUGAUACCCUUUGGUGUGGAACCUCAUCAAAAGUUUUUUCAAAAUUGGACUGUUCUGUGUCUGCUGGAGCUGCUCUCCAUCUUUACCAGUGCACUCCAAGGACGGCGGUGGGUUGGUGAGGCAGGGUUUCUCUCUGCAGAAUCCAUGCUGCCUUGUUCCCAACAGACCAUGUUUAUCCCUGUCUACAGUGACUUUGUUUUUUUUAGGCCCUAAGGCCAUUAGCAAGGAUGGAUGUCAAACUUCCUGGUCUGCAAUUACCAGGAUCCCUUCUAAAGUCCUUUUUGUGGCCGGGAGCUGCAAUGGCAGCUUGCCAGCCCUCUGGCAGCCCGGUGCUUGCCAUGCUGGGUUACCCUCCCUGUCCCGCACAGCCCGAGCCUGAGCGGGGAGGAUGAACGGUAGUCAGGGACAGAGUGGAACUUUGCUCAGGAGUGGAAACCACCAUCCAGAGGAAUGUCAGUAACUAAUUUUUUUUCCCUUCAAAACACAUUUGCUCAGCUUCUGAAGUGAGUACUUAGGUGGCAGUGAUACUUUCCUGCUCUUCCCUCCAUAGGGACAAGGCAUUUUACACGGUUUCUCGUACAGUGGUCUGCAAAAUACAGAGAAGAUGUAUAGAGAUUAGGUGUUAAUAAAAUUUCUGUCAUAGGUCUCAUACCUGCUAUCGAUAUAUAAUUGGUAAUUGGUGAGCUUUUCCCUGUGAUGUGAUGGGAAUAUCUGCAUUGGCAGUUUAUUGGAGUAAAGGGGGAGAGAGAGACUGUAAUGCUACACUGCAAUCUCACAGAUUAGGAUUUUACAGAAGAAAUGAGCAUGAAACUGAAGAACAUAGCUAAAUAUAGGGCUAUUAAAUUUGGGCUAGAGAAACACCACAAUGAAAAGUUUUUGGCCCGGCUAUUAAACACAGAUAUUUCUUACAUGUCAUCUGAUAAGGGACAAAAACUGCUAAGGAGAUUCUGAGAGGAGCCAGCUGUGGAAAGACGCUGGAAGGCAGUGAAGCCUUUUCUUGUGCCUGAAUGAGUUUUGCAGGUAAUGCUCUUUACUGAUCAUCAUCAGGAUGGGGGGAAAGGAAAAUACAAAAGCAAAAAAGAAAUUGUGAACAGUAAAUAAAAUCACAGGAGGCAGCAGUAAAAGAUGUCAGUUUUUUGUUGGGCUCGAAGCAGCUGAGGAGCUUUGUUCUGGGAAGAGAAAGUGCCGCAGCAGGACGGGAACACUUGGCUUGGGCGGGUUGUCAUAUCUGUCAUCAUUAGAAGCAUGGACAGAUGAUGAUGAUCUCUCCAUUCUGUUUCUGGUUUUUCUCAGUCUCCAGAGAUGCUCAUCCAGCUGUUUUCACCAUAAAAUUUAUUCAGCUAAUUUGUCCACUUUCCUCUCUUGUUUUC